AGCGCGCUGGGACCCGCAGGGACAAACAUGCCCGCAUCGCAAACGGGAUUUGGCAACUUGCUGUUGGAGAGAAGCAUGGGAAUGCCGGCUGGAUACCCGCUCCCGGUGCUGGGCUGCCACCCCGGGGUGCAGCAGCACCACCAGGCUCAGCAGCAGCAGCAGCAGCAGCUGGCGGCCAUGGCCGCCGGGCUCCCUCUCACCUACUCAGGACUACAGGGAUAUAGUUUUCUCCCCUAUCCUCAUCACAGACACAUCACACACAUGAGCAAUGCCUUCGACCUGAAGGCUGCCUCUCCGUACCACCAGGCUCUGUUGGCCCGCGGCGGGGUAGGCGGGGUGUUUUACCCCCCGUACCGCGCGGGGGCCGCCGAGGACCCCGGCAGGGUGGCCAAGGUGGCCACCAGGGAGAGCACCGGGGCUCUGAAGGCCUGGCUGCAGGAGCACCUGAAGAACCCGUACCCCACCAAGGGGGAGAAGAUCAUGCUGGCCAUCAUCACCAAGAUGAGCCUCACGCAGGUCUCCACAUGGUUCGCCAACGCGCGCCGGCGCCUCAAGAAGGAGAACCGGGUGAGCUGGGCGUGCAAGGGCAAGUCCGACGAGGAGGAGGACGAGGAGCAGGAGGCGGACAGCGACGAGGACGAGGGUCCGGUUCAGAAAUGUGAGCUGGAGGAGCGGGGAGGAGAGGAGGGAGGAGAGGAGGUCGGGGCCGCGCAGGAGCGCACCACAGAGCGCGCAGACGCGCGUCUGGAGACUCCGCAGCUCCGCAGCAGCGGGGAAGACACGGGACUGGAGCUGGGGAAGAAAGCUGAGAGCACGGACUCACACCGGACCCCGUCGGCUUCGGAGAGCAAAGACAACGUCGUGAGUCAGAAACCCAAAAUCUGGUCCCUGGCGGAGACGGCCACCUCCGACACCGCGCACAAACCCGCGGACUUGAGUAGUUUCCCCUCCCCGGGGAAGCUGUGGGCGGACUGGGCUGCACGGAACAGACUCUUCCUCCCCUCUUAUUAUACCUCUCACGAAAUAGUCUGAGUUAGACACAAAUGAAAGACUUUUUUCUCAUAUUUUGCACUUUAUAUCUUCCAACCUGAUGGGGCUUCCUGGAGUUUCAGGGAACUGCAAAUCUGUUGCGACACACCAAAGAAGCAUUGUGUUAUUGUAAAUAAAUGCAGAUGUAUUUUUCCACCAGUAUGAUGUAAAUUAUGUUUCCUUUUUUCUUUCCAAGAAGAAGUAUUUUGGUAAAAUAAAUUUUGGC